CGUCGCGGGGCCUCGCCGCGGCCUCUAGCGCCCCAGCCCCGGGGAAUGCAGUGGCCCCCGGCCCCUGGCGCUUCUCCGUGUCUAAGCUGGGCCUCCUCGUUCGCCUGCUCCGCGGCCACGACGCUCCUGAGCCGCGCCGGCCGGGCCCCCCUCAUGGCGGCCAAGUGGUUCAAGGAGUUCCCCCUGAACCUGAAGACAGUGUCGGAGCGGGCCAAGCCCGGCGGCGGGGGAGGCGGCAAAUUGCGCAAGAACUCGGAGGCGGGCGGCGCGGGGCCCGCCCCGGGCAAGGGCCGAAAGAACUCGGCGGCCGAGCUGGGGAGCAGCCGGGCCGGGGUCGGCCCCCCCAAGGAUAGCCGACUGUCCCGAGACAGCCUGCAGGGUCUGAUUCAGGCCGCCGCGGGCAAGGGCCGCAAGAACUCCCGGGCCACCGAGGAGGAGCCCCACCGGGGCGCGGCCAAGAGCUCAGGCUGCAGCACCUACAUCAACAGGCUCAUCAAGGUGGAUACUCAGGAGAAGAAUGGGAAGAGCAACUACCCCAGCAGCAGUAGUAGCAGCAGCAGUAGCAACAGCAGCUCUUCCUCCGCGUCCUCUUCGCCUUCCUCCCUGGGACCCGAACUGGACAAGGGCAAGAUUAUUAAGCAGCAAGACACGGUCAUCAUUUUAGAAGACUACGCUGACCCUUAUGAUGCUAAACGGACGAAAGGCCAAAGGGAUGCAGAAAGAGUAGGGGAGAAUGAUGGAUACAUGGAACCCUAUGAUGCACAGCAAAUGAUAACAGAAAUCAGACGACGAGGUUCCAAAGACCCUCUGGUGAAGGCUCUUCAGCUGCUCGACAGCCCCUGUGAGCCAGGGGAGAACGGCACGAAGCCCGAGGCGCUGGCCAAGAGACGGAGCUCCAAGGAGCUGCUGGGAAAGCCGCCGCAGCUGUACGACACGCCCUACGAGCCGGCGGCUGAAGGCGGCCCGCGCGCCGAGGGGCCGGAGCGGAAGGCGCGGCUGCCCCAGGACGACGAGAGGCCCGCGGCUGAGUACGAGCAGCCCUGGGAGUGGAAGAAGGAGCAGAUCGUGCGGGCGCUGUCGGUUCAGUUUGAAGGCUCUGAGCGACCUUCCGUCAAGGAGGAGACAGUGAGGCAACACCACCGACAGAAGAGUUGGACCCAGAAGAUCUUGAAGCCAACCCUCUCUGACCACAGUGAGGGGGAAAGAGUGGACCCAGCCCUGCCACUGGAGAAGCAGCCUUGGUAUCAUGGUGCCAUCACCCGUGCUGAGGCUGAGAGUCGACUACAACCCUGCAAAGAAGCUGGGUACCUGGUUCGAAACAGCGAGUCAGGGACCAGUAGGUACUCCAUUGCACUAAAGACUAGUCAAGGAUGUGUCCACAUCAUAGUGGCUCAGACCAAAGACAACAAGUACACCCUGAAUCAGACGAGUGCUGUCUUUGACAGCAUCCCGGAAGUGGUACACUAUUACUCCAACGAGAAGCUGCCUUUCAAGGGGGCAGAACAUAUGACCUUGCUCUACCCGGUGCACAGCAAGCUGCACUAAGGUUCAGCCACCAAAAGCCCCAGCGGGGCCUCUCACACCUAGGAGGGCAUCAGCACCCAACCAGUAUCUCAGGGGACAAGGCUGGACUGCACCAUGAUAUUUUGGAGGAAGCGGGACGCUUCAUUUAGGAGUCCAAAAGUCUUCGGCCUUGAAUCCAUUCCAUGACACUUGGUUACUGACCUGUCCCUUUUCUCCUUGCUAAGUAGUUCUACAAUGAGAAACCAUAAUUUACCAGUUGCCUCCAGUCCUGGAGUAGGGUGCUCUAUUCGGGGCGUGACCCUCAGGAAAGGUAAGUCAGGAGUCCAAAAAUAUUAAGAUUCUCCAAAAAUGUGCUAGUUGUUCCGUGGAAUACCUGGUCUCCAAACAAACCAACAAAAAUGCACUUGGCUUUUACAUAAGACAACAAAAAAUAAUCAUGUGGACCCAAAGAGCAUGUAAUACGGGACCCCUUCUUGGGGGAAAAGCACAAACAGUGGAAAAUAAGUAAAUAGUGGGCACUUUGGAGAAAGCUAUAUUUCUCUCUGGAGGGUCCUAGUUCAGCUCCGGAGUCCAUAAAAAUACACAACUGUAGGGUCUGGCAAAAGGAUUAUUAAGAAAGUUUGUGUUUUCUCAAUUUCUGUGGACUUUUUCAGCAAAUCAGUAAUAUAAGCAUAAAUAAGAAGGAAGAUGCCUCUGAUUUAAGAAUCACCAACAUAAUUAAGCAUUGGCAGCAUUACCAUUAUUCUGAAUUACAGAAUAAAAUAUACAACGAAGAUUUCAUUUCUGAUUUUUAACAAAUCUGAAAAUUUACAAAGCUCAACAGCUCUUUUCUUAUUGAAUAAUUAUACAGAACUUCUGAUAUAUUUUGUUUCACCUUUGCUCAUUUUAGUUAUUGGAGCCAUUUUUAAUUUUUAUCCCUAAAAUUGGAUUCACUUUGUAUUUUAGAGUAACUUAAAAAUAUAUAUAUAUAGGGAGUUCCCUGGCGGUCCAGUGGUUAGAACUCCACAUCUCACUGCCCAGGACCCGGGGUUCAAUCCCUGGUUGGGGAACUAAGAUCCCACAAGUCACGCAGCACAUAUAUAUAUAUAUAUAUAUAUAUAUAUAUAUAUAUAUAUAUAUAUAUAUAUAUACACACACACAUAAACUCUAGGAUAUGAUUGUGUGAACUGGAUCUCUAAAACCUGCAAAGUUUCUCUCAUGCUGUACAAAGCAGACCGGUUGGCACCGUAUAAAAAUAUUUUAAAAGACUGGCAUUUUCUCUAUCUACUACUGCUUAAAGAUAUUAAAAUAAUAUUCAUAGUACCAUUAUGAUUUAUUGUGAACUUGUAUCGCCAGUGUACUUACUGUGAAAAAAAAAACUGUGGGAAUGGCAUACUGUGAGAAGGCUACAGUGAGUGGCUCUAUAAUUACAACUGAGCAGAUGUUUCUGUAUUCUGGGGUUUGUAAUUUGGUUCUUGAAACUGGUCCAGAUGCAAAUGUGCUGACUGUCAUCAAUGAAAAGUUAACUUUUGUAACUAAUGUUAAAUACACAAAAGAAAUGUUGAUUCGGUUAAUUUUUAGGAAAACAUAUCCUUCUAGUUAUUAGUUAUCAUUUUACUAUUAUGAUUUAGAGAUUAGUAAAUAUUCGCUUCUUUAUUCAGUUAAGAUUGUAGCCAAAGAGUCGUGUGAUCUUUGUUUUUAAAACUUUGAAAGGAACUUUUCCUCACUGGAUGUCAAAGAUUUUAUUAAUCAAGAACGUUCUGUUUUUUAAGUACUGAUAGAAUUUUUUAAUGUAUUGGUUUACGUACUAUAUCUUUAGUACGAGAUUUUUUUUUUAAUUUUUAGCAUUUGUAGUUCCAGUUCCAUUAAACAAAUAUUUAUUAUCUUCCAUAUACAAAUAAUUCAUUCUGUUAAACUUAUUUUCAGUUCAACAUUCUAGAAAUGAAACCUUAUUUUUUACUUAAACGUAUUCUACAAAGGAAAUACAGCAAUCACCCUAAUUUUAAUAAAUGCUGAAAGCUUUGUAAACUUUUUCUUUGUGCACUAAAUGAUUUUUGGCCCAUACCCAGCAACUGUGAUGAAUGUAAUAAUGAAAUAACAUUUUGAAAGCAGACCUGAUACAUUAAGUAUUUAUUGAGCUUCUAUCAUAGGCUCAGUAUUGUGCUUCCUCUAUAUUGUUUUUCUGUGACAGUCAUGCUGUUUUCUUUAUAUAAUUAAAAGUGGAGAUGUGGAGUUUAUAUAUGGUCCAGUUCCUUCACAAUUGUACAGGAGGUUAUAAUAAGAAGAAAUAUAGUAAAUUCGUAGAAGGGGGGUAAGCUACUCUUUUCUUCAGGUUGUGACACAAGCUGACAAAAGCCAGGGAAUUCACAGCUGGGUGGUGGCACAAAGUACCAUAUGUUCUAAAAACAAUUAGGCCCAGCAGGGUUUCCCUAAUGGCUUCCUUGUUAAGCCUCCAGGGCCAGCUGAUCUGAAGCCCUCUUGACAUGUCUCCUCUCUGAGCUCUGAAUGCUUGUGCUUUUUGUCAUUUUUGUCUUGAUACAAGUAUUUUCCUGUAGUCGUAAUUCUUUGGAAUUCAUUCAGUCUCCCAGAAUAUUUUCUGAUUCUUUCUGGAGAGAAUAAUGUCUUCUAGCAAAUUUGUACUCAUUUGCCUUGAACUUUAGCAUCCAUGGAGCUUCCUACAGCUGUUCCUUCCCCUUUAUCACACCUCCUUUUAAAAAAAUGCUCUGUUCCAGGUUAUGAGUUUAUUUCAUUGGCUCAUUUCAGGCCUAUAAGAACGGAGAGUAAAGGGACACUUCUAUUUAUUUUGCUACCAUAGCUGUUUCUAUCAGGAUGGAUUUCAACCACUGGAGUUGGUGUAUUUAAAUAAGUAGGAAUAAAAUAAUGGAGAAAUGGUAAUAUAUGUACAGAAAGGUAAAUGCUGAUAUGCCUGUUCUGUUCUGAGGAUGGAAGUGUCCUUUUUAGUUAUCCAAAGUACUUUCUUAAGAAUCAUAUAUAAAAGGAGCCUUUAUUCUUAUCUGUUCAAAGUCUCCAUGCUUGGCGGAAUUGUUACUCAUUUAUCGGCCUCUGCCAGAGGACGGGGAGGUGGGCAGAUGAUCCGUAGGGACAGCCAGAAGAUUUUGAGAUAGGUAGGAAAAUAAUCCUAAGUUAUUAAUUGGGUCAUUUGACUAUGUCAUUAGUCUGUUAACGGCCACUGUUAGUGAAUAAAUCUUAAUACUUAAUUCAGAAGAACGACUGAGCAUCUGAGACAUUCUUCAAGUUGCUUUUUAAAUGAGAGUAGCGUUUCUAUUCUAUUAAAAUGUCCUUUUUUAGUCAAAGGUUAAUGGCUCAUUUUUCCUUCAGUCUAGGGGUAUAUUUCAUUUCCCUUCUCUCCUCAUCCUUUUAAUAUUUAGCAGAAUUUAUUUGAUACCUUUCUCACGUCUCAUUCAUUCGUUGUCUCUUUCUUAUUUUCUGUAACCAGCACUAUUUUGGCCUUAUGAUCUCUUUAGAAUCACUCUUCUUUAUUGUUGUCUCCAAUUUUUGUACCCCCAUUAACUUGGACUUAGAGAAACUUGGCCUGCAGUGAACCUUAAUUUAUUCUCCUUAAUUUCUGACCCUAUAGAAAGAAAACGGUGGUGUGUUACUGCCAUCUAAUGGAGAGAAAGAAAACUGCAGUGGGAAAACAAAGUGCAUUUAGGGCAGGGUUUUCUGAAGGAUUUCUGAUACAGUCCUUAGCAAGAAAAUGAUGACACAGCAGUUGCCAUCUUGAAAUCUGCCCUUUCCUGCGGAAAGGGUGAUUUGCAACCUAAUACAACCAUCGUCACGAGGCCUCUGGACUAUGGCUGGAUCAUGUCGUUUAGAAUCUGAAAUUUUAAUGAAUAUGCUGGCAACAGAUCAUUGAGACAGGCAUCUCAUUUUGUCAAGUUCUUACCCAUUCAGUUAUUUUGUCAGGGGGCCUUAACAUUUUAAGUAUCAACUAAUACAUAGUUUUAACUUCUGAAAAUAUCUGAAGAUUGUAUGUAAUACUGGUGCCUAUCGGUAGUGCUUUAGUAAUUUAUAUUAUAUCAGAAAGAUUUUAUAAAAAUUUCUGGAUGUACUGCAGUAGCCAAUAUAAGCUGCAUGCCCGCCUGAAGAUUGGUUUACUCUGAAAUGUAACUUUAAAUAAACAUUA